AUGAGCACAGCCGCCGCUCGCAAGAAGAGCGUGGUGGAGAUGCCCGUCGCGCACAACACGCUGCUCAACAAGGCGGCAUCCCAGUCCACCUCCCUCUACCAGCAGUCCGCCGCCCUCCGCGCCAACCUCCUCCGCGUACACCGCUUCCACCUCUUCUUCCAGCUCUCAGAGGACAACCCCCGCCAGUCCACCGACCCCGUGACUCAGCUCUGGGACUGCUUCGCCCUCGGCGUGUCCCUAUGCUACAUCUACAACCUCCUCCCACACUCGCAGCAUCGCCCCAUCGAGCUCGACGUCGACCCGGAAUCGGACGGCGUCCGCAACCUCGCAGACCGUGACCGCAAACGCGCGAUUGCAUUGUUCAAUAUCGCAUCAAAGUCGCUCAACUACGGAGACGGUCUCCAGGUCCGCGACAUCUGGGAGCGCGAGAACACCGACGGCUUUGUAAAGGUCGUCGACGUCGUGAACCACAUCGUAUCGUUGUUGCCGCCGGAUGUGUUCAUCGAGCAGGAGGCGUCCUCUCCCGCCCUCCCGUCAUCAGAUCCGUCGGCCGUAGCGACGACAUCAGCCACCCCCGCCAGCGGCAAGGAAGCCGCCCGCAACAACAUCAUCCGCGAACUCGUAGAGACGGAGCGCAAAUAUGUGCAGGACUUGGAAGUCAUGCAGAAAUACGCCCAGGCUCUCUCCCAAAGCAACGCAGUCCCACAGGACACCGUGCACCUGCUGUUUCCCAACCUCAAUCAGCUGCUCAAUUUCCAGCGCAAGUUCCUCAUCCGUGUAGAGGGCACCGCGGAGAUGCCGUGGCACGAUCAGCGAUGGGGCUCGCUCUUCUCAAACAACGUGAGUGCGCGCGCGCCUCUUCCAUUCCCACUUGUUCUCUCUCCGGUCUCCCCAUUGUCCCCGCAACAACCGGCGUUCUUGUCCUUCAUCCCCGCUGACUUUCCUGAUUUGGCACAACAGGAAGAGGACUUUGCGGUCUAUGAGCCUUAUUGCGCCAACUACGUCAAUGCGACCUCGCUCAUGGCCUCCGAGGGGGAGAAGUUGAUGAAAUACAACCAUCUCAUCAACGUCAAAUCAGAGCUGCCCGCCUUUCUCAUCAAGCCGGUCCAGCGCAUCUGCAAGUACCCGCUUCUGCUCGAUUCCCUCAUCAAGGCAUGCUCGCCACAAGACUACCCUCACUAUGAUGAGCUCAAGGAGGGCAGCACCGCGGCCAAGCGCAUCACCGACAAGAUCAACGAGGCGCAGCGGCGUGCCGAGAACUCGCUCACCGUGGAGAAUCUCUCCGCUCGGGUCGACGACUGGAAGGGUCAUCACGUUUCGCACUUCGGCGACCUUCUCCUCGACGACGUCUUCACGGUCACCAAGAGCGAGGUCGACCGGGAGUAUCACGUCUUCCUCUUCGAGCGCAUCAUCCUCUGCUGCAAAGAAGACCUCGGCCUCGGGAAGGACAAGCGCAGCAAGUCCAACUCCAUUCUCAAGAAGCCGCAGACGCCCGUCAUCCCUCAAACGCCAAAUCCAGCCGGAGGAAACACGAAGAAGACGACACCUUUGAUCCUCAAGGGCCGCAUCUACCUCAACAACGUUACAGACGCGAAAUCAAAUGUCGCAGCCGGCUCGUACUCACUGAACAUCUGGUGGAAGGGCGACGAUGACCUCGAGUACUUCACACUCCGGUGUCGUAACGAGGAGCAGGUCAGGCAAUGGGAGACAUCUGUCAAGCGCCUCAUCGACCGCCUGGCCAUGAAGCGGGCGAGCGAGCGUUCAGUGUCACGGCUCGCCGGUCAGCUGGCCGCACAAACGCCGCGGACGAGCAUAUCGAUGUCCAUGCCUGACCGCGAACGAUCGAAUAGCGUCGUGCCCUCGCUCCCGCCACAUCCUUAUGCCGCGGCUCAGGCAGCGCCACAGCGCAACACCUACCACCAGCCCCAGCAUCCGUAUAUGGCUGCCGGCGCGCCCGGGGAGCCGCAGAUCUCCGUCAACACGAACAUGGGUUACGGCCAGAACGGAUAUCCUCAGCAAGACGGAUUUGAGCCCGACGAUGAGUACGAGGACUACCCGUCGCCCCUCGUCGGCUCGGGCCGUGCGACGCCCAUGGACCUUGCGAGCUCACGUCGCGGUACCGCACCCAAUCUCGAGUCUUUGGGUUAUGCUCCUCCAUCCGAGCAGCGGGCACCACGUGCGCAUACGGAGGAUGCGAGCGGCGCGAUGUACCGGCAAUGGCAAGCGCAGUACCCAAACGGGCAUGGACCACAUCACGGGCAUCCCGCGGCCAUGGUCCCCGGACUUCCCGCCGGUCCUAGGAUGACCGCGGGAAGCAGGAUGAACUCUGCGCAGAGCUUCGCGAGCGAUUCGAGCUUCGGAUCCGGCGUCAGGCAUAGCACCUCGCGGCCACAACUGAGGCAACAGAUCAGCCAAAGCCGGCUUCGUCAGGAUCAGCAACAGGAGCGCGCGGCAGCGCCCAGUCCGGCGCCCUCACAGUACCAGGCGCAUCAUCAGUCUAUGCCGAGUCGCAGCCGGAGCGCGAGCCAGCCGAGCGCUUACAUCCCCAAACAUCCAGGGCAGGCACCGCCUUUGCCGCAGACGGAUUGGCGAGGAAUGGGCAUUGAGAGGGGAGGGAGCAGUGCGGGUACGAAGAGGAGUAGUGGGAGCAGUCACUCUACCGGUACCGGCGACGAGAGCUAUUCGCCUGGAGGCAGCUCCCCUAUAACGCCGUUUGGGAGUUCGGAGAGCAGUUUGAGUCAGGGACCUGGGACGCGGGGAAGCUAUGAGCAUCAUGCUACUGCGCGCGGGCCGAUGAUGGGACGGGAUAAUGCGCCGGUGAAGGUCAAGGUGCACUUCGGCACGGAUAUCUUCGUCGUGCAGGUCCCGAGGAGUACCGAGUACGCGGAGUUGGUCGAGAAGGUCGGGAAGAAGAUCAGGCUAUGUGGACCCAGGAGGGACGAUGGGCCGUUAAGGGUCAAAUACGAGGACGAGGAGGGAGACUUGGUUAGCAUGCGGAGCUCCGAGGACGUCGAGAUGGCGUUCGCGGCGAGGACGCAGGUUGUGCUGCACGUGCAAUGA